AUGGGAUUCACAGACAAGACCGAGGAUGUGCAUCAGCUCACUGAAUACACACAAACUCUUUUUUCCAAAAUCAGUGAAGAGAGAAAAAACUCCACUCUUCCACCUAACAACGUCAACCACAACAACCCAAGUGAUCCCUGCCCUCAAUGCUGGGAGCUGUCUCCAAUCAAUGCCAGCAUCAUGCAGGAUUCUGGGGUCCAGCGACAGGCUUUCAGUGUCUAUGCUGCUGUGUACGCUGUUGCAGAUGCAUUACACAAGCUUCUGAACUGUAAUACCACUCAUUGUGACUGGAAACGGGGUACAAAGGUCUUUCCAUGGCAGCUAUUGCACAUUUUAAAGAAUACUUCCAUUGACAUAAAUGGCUCGAAGUUUCAAUUGGACAGUAAUGGAAACCCAAAUGUUGGAUACCAAGUGGUCCUUUGGAAAUGGGAAGGCUCAAAUGUACACAUUCUGAAUGUGGGGAGUUAUCUGACUGAACUGUCCAUAAACAAAUCCCUCUUCAAAUGGCAUACUGAAGACUCAACGGUGCCAGAGUCCACAUGCUCUGCGACCUGUGAUCCUGGACAAGUGCGCAGAGUCAAAGGGUUCCACUCCUGCUGCUUUGACUGCAUCGACUGUCAGCCUGGAACCUUCCAGGCUGACAAAGGUGAUAUUCAGUGCAGACCUUGUCCAAAGCGCCAAUGGUCCACCAUACGCAGCACGUCCUGCACUGAUCCCACCUUUGAGGUCCUGUCAUGGGACAUGACAGAGUCUGUGGUGAUGGUGAUAGCUGGAGCUCUGCUGCUGCUGUGCCAGAGCGCAGUGCUGUUGCUGUUCCUCAGACACAGGAGCAGUCCCCUGGUGCUGGCCUCAGGUGGGACACUGGCCUUUGUGGCGUUGCUUGGCCUGAUGGGGGCGUGCCUGAGCCUGGUUCUGUUCCUGGGACAGCCCACAGACACAGUGUGUCGGUUGCAGGUGCCACUCACCUCCAUUUGGCAAACAGUGGCUCUGUCCAUCCUCGCCUCCAUCUCUCUACAGGUGUUCUUUGUGUCAGAGUUCCCUCAGCGGGCCGCCCCUCACCUCCGCACCAUCCGGGGCCCGGGCAGCUGGCUCCUGGUGCUGUCCUGCUGUGUGGCUCAGGCUGGUAUCUGUGGCUGGUUUGUGCAGGAGGGCCCUUCUCUCUCAGCCUACAUGGAGAAAAUGGAGAUCACCUUUGUGCGUGCGUUUCUGAGCUGCCCUGUGGAGCCGGAUAUUGGCUUUGGUCUGUUACAGGGCUUUAAUGUGGUCCUGGCCCUGGUCUCCUUCAUGAGCACCUUCAUGGCUGUGAAGCCUUUUCACCAGUACAACCUGUCCCGGGACAUCACCUUCUCCUGCCUCAUUUACUGUGUCAUCUGGGUCACCUUCAUCCCCAUUUACAUCGGGCUGAAAGACAAGCAGAAGUCCAUUGUCCACAUCUCUUUCUCUCUGUCCAGUAACUUUGGGCUGAUGGCAGCGUACUUCUUCCCCAAGUGCUUUCUGAUGAUGAGGAAACCUGAGCUCAACAAAGCCGAGUAUUUCUGCACCGUUCUGGAGGGAGUUCCUCCGACUCCUCCUGAGGACGAGCCGCAGCCUCAAACUCAAGACAGAAUCUGCGCAUUAACUUUUUUAACAUAA